AUGGCCAGCAAGGAGGGAACCGCAGGACAGGCCUUUGGCCCUGUCCUAGCUGCGGUCGCUACAAUGCAGGGAAAUGUUUCCAGAACCGAGAAGGCGCAUGCUCAUGAGUUUCUCGAGAAAUUCCAGAAAUCAGUUGAAGCCUGGACAAUUACCCAUGAAUUAUUGCAAUCUCCCAAUGUUCCUGUCGAGGCCAAGUUGUUCGCUGCGACCACGCUGAAGGGAAAGAUCAUGUUCGAUCUGGACCAGCUGCCCGCAGAGUCCGUGCCCGCUCUCAGGGACUCGGUGAUGAAUCUCCUAGUCGCCUUUGCAUCGGGCCCUCGCCCCAUUCAGACACAACUAUGCGUAUGUUUGGCGAGCCUCGCCAUUCAGAUGACUGGGUGGAAAGAUGUCCUCGCUACUGUCGGCUCAGCACUGGGGAGUAAUGCUGGUGACUGCGUGUUGGAAUUUCUGAAAAUCCUUCCGGAAGAGGUCACAGAAGGUCGCAAAAUCAAUCUGAGUGAAGACGACCUCAUCCUCAGGACGAAAGAACUCUUGGAAGAUAAUGCAGAGCAAGUGAUGCACCUUCUAAUUCAGUAUGCGCAGUCAUCACCAACUGCAUCCACCAAUCCUCGUCUCCUGGACUGCAUCACGUCUUGGAUGCGCGAGAUCCCCGCUUCGAAGAUUGUCGAAUCGCCCUUGUUGGAUGUCAUUCUGAAGGCACUUGACGAUGACGUGUCAUUUGAAGCCGCGGUGGAGAGUGUUUGCACUCUCUACAGAGAUACUCGGGAGGUGGACGACUCACUGCCGAUUAUACAGACCUUGUAUCCGCGCCUAAUGUCCCUUCGUCCAAAGAUCGCCGAGGCUGCGGAGGCCGAGGAUACGGAUGCGUUCAGAGGCAUUACCAGACUUUUUGCGGAGGCUGGUGAGGCUUGGGUUGUGCUGAUCGCCCGCUUACCGUCCGAUUUCCGGGGCCUCGUAGAGGCUGUCCUAGAAUGCUGCGCACGAGACUGGGAACGCGACGCUGUUUCGCUAACUUUCGUAUUUUGGUAUGAAUUGAAGCAGUAUGUCACACUGGAGCGGUAUGCCGAUGCACGGGUAAGCUACAGCGAUGUCUUCUCCAAGCUGGUGGAUGUUAUGGUCAAGCACCUUGAGUACCCCCGCCCAGAAGAGGGUGAGACCGAUCUGUUUGGUGGGGACCGGGAACAGGAAGAGAAAUUUCGUCACUACCGACACUCAAUGGGAGAUGUCCUCAAAGACUGCUGUGCUUGGAUUUCCAACUACGCCUCCCAGGCUAGCGAUGAACAUGUUCCAAAUUGGCAAGAACUUGAAGCGCCGCUGUUCAGCUUGAGAGCUAUGGGCCGUAUGGUAGACCCUGAAGAAAGCCAUGUUCUCCCGCAGGUAAUUCCUCUGAUAACACAAAUACCAAACCAAGAAAAGGUUCGAUUCCAGGCCAUCAUGGCCUUGGCUCGCUAUACAGAAUGGACAGCACAGCACCCGGAAACUCUUGAGGCACAGCUAAACUAUGUUAUUUCUGGAUUUCAGCACAGCUCCCCGGAAGUUGUUCAGGCCGCAGCUCUGGCUUUCAAGUUCCUGGGUACUGACUGUCAAAAACUACUCGGAGGACAUAUUGCUCAACUUCAUUCGUUCUAUGAGUCUGUUAUUGAUAAGUUGAAGCCAGCAAGUCAGGAGGAGGUAACUGAGGGUGUGGCGGCUGUGGUUGCAGUGCAACCACUUGAGAAGAUCUAUGAAACGAUGAAAAUGUUCUGUGACCCGAUCAUGGCUAGAAUCAUGAACCUGGCGAACAAUGCGAAGGACGAACAGGGCCAACGGGCUGUCGCUGACCAUCUCCAAUUGAUUACGAUCUUCGUGCUAGUGGUGAAUCCUUAUGUGUCACCCCGCGAGGAAAAUCCCGCUGUCAAAUAUUGUGGCGAGGUCUUGCCCAUCAUGACGACUAUUGUCAUGAACUUUACCUCAUCUACGCCCAUUUUGGAGCGAGUGUGCCGCUGCUGGAGAAACAUGCUUAUUUCCUACCGAACAGCCAUGACUCCAUUAUUGCCUACACUAGCAGAGAGCCUCGCAAAUGGAUUCCAAGCGUCACGAGAAGGAUGCUUCUUGUGGGCCACUGAUGCAGUCGUGCGGGAAUUUUCCGAAGGUGCUGACCUUGUCGAUCCAGGCACGAGUCGUGCCGUCUUCCAAUUUUACGAGCAACAGGCGAUCGCAUUCUUGCGUAUUCUCAAUGACUUGCCCCCCGAGAACCUACCUGACGUGAUUGAGGACUUUUAUCGUCUUUCUUCAGAUGCAGUUCGGUACUACCCCAAAGAGUGUAUUACUUCAUCCCUCUCUGUGCCGAUCUUCUCCGCAGCCCUUAGCGCCCUUACUUUGCAGCAGAUCGACCCUCUUAUUGCCACAUUACAUUACUACCAUGACCUGUUUAGCUUCGCUUUCGAAAAGCCCGCAGUGUCCGGAUUCACCACCUCUGAUGGGGAUCCGUAUAUGAAUCCCCCGGAAAUUCGCGAGGCAGUCAAGCAGUUAAUUGCGUCUCAGGGACAAGUGCUUUCGCAGCGACUUCUAACAGGAAUGUUGUUCUCGUUCCCCGCAGAAUGUUUCCCAGAUGCGUCCGGUGUGCUGAUGUCACUCUUCGACUUGAUGCCACAGGAGGCCGGGGCUUGGUUUCAAUCCACUCUCCAGAUGCUGCCAGCGGGUACGAUGAAGGCCGGUGAGGCCGAACGGCUACUGAAGGGGAUAUCUGACAGGGUACAAUCGGGCGAAAUCCGCAAAAUUCGUACUCUUCUACAAGGUAACACUUAUCUUACCACUUUACGAAUUCCUAUCGGCGACGAAAUGUGGCACCUCGAGAAGGGUUGGGCCGGUUGGAGGCCACCCGGUUCCGGUUUAGCGGAUAAGUUCUUCAUCGACCAGGACUUAACAAGUCACAGACAGCUCAGCUGA